UGCCCUCAUCCCAAUUACGCUUUCAAGUUGCAACACAUUUUCCGUUUCCAAUCUUUGUAGCAAGCCGCGUAUAAUACCUAAAGCAUUAUAUAACAAAAUGAACUCUCUAAAGACUGCAACAUUGCGUUUCGCCAAUUUGGCCACCGCUGCAACUGGAGCUUGCAAGCGUGAUUUUGCCCGCAGCUUGUGGCAUAUGACCAAGAAGCCGGCGGAGCUGACUGGUGACCAUGUUACUGUGUUGAAUGUGCACAAGCCCAGCCUUAAUUGCACCUGUGGCUGCAAUGUCCACACCAAAGGCGAGCGUGAGCUGGUAGAGUUCCUUGCUGAGGAGAUUAUUGCCGAGCGCAAGGUGCAGAAGGGCAAAACUGUGCCUACCACCUUGGAGGGCUUCAGCGUACAGCUUACCGGCGCCGAGGUGGAACUAGUCAAGCAGUCAGACAAAGAAAAGGUAGUCAUUACCUUCAACGUCAAUCACACUGUUGACAGCGAGGAUGAGCCAGAGAUUAAUCCCAAUGCUGACAAGCCAGAGAUGGGUGAAAUGCGCAGCAAGCCCCAGUUCGAGGUGGACGUUAUUAGAGGCAACUCAACGCUGUCUUUCACCUGCUCCUAUCUGGAGGGUGAGGCGCAGGAGGGAGAGUACAAUGAUGUUUUCUCCAUUGAUGAAAUGUGCAUCUACGAAGGAGAAUGGCACGAUAAAAUCUAUGCUGUUGCCGGCGAUGUUCUCGAUGGGUACUUGUACGAUCUGCUGAUGAAUCUGCUAGAGGAGAAGGGAAUCAGCAAUGUGUUUGUCGAGAAACUCUCUGAUCUGGCCACCGCUCACGAGCACACAUCUUACAUUGGCUUGCUGGAAAAGCUAUCCAAGUUCUCUACCAACGCCAAGUAAAAGCGUCUUUUGCUUAUUUCUAAUUUUAAGGCAAAAGUUGUGUAGGUUUCUAAGUUAUAUUUUAUGGCAUUUGUAAACCAAGAGCAAUUUAUUAUUAUAUGUGCUUUUGGUCGCAUCAACAUAGUUAUUAAGCCAUAAGAUUGGCAGUGCAACGUGUAGCAUAUGCAAGUUUGUCAUUCAGCGUGGUAUAUGUUGGAAAUUUAAAUACAAACACAUUU